AUGCAAACCCCAAUAGCAAAUGUGUCGAAGCUCAAACCUGAGAUACGCCUUGUGCAGGCACUAGCCGACUUCAAAGCAGUGCUGUCAAUCGAUCGGAGAGCAAGAUUCGACGAAUCCAUCGCAGCGUUCAAAGACCAUCCCCCAGAUGCGAACGAUGUCAAUCGCCUGACCGCUGAAAUCAACCGUGAUAUCCAACAGACAACGAGGCGUUGUUAUGGACCGCGUUUCGUACACGUCUUACAAGCUGUGCAACAGUACGCAUCUAUAGGCGAUGUCUUUAUAGGAGGAUCGCAGAAUCUGGUUGCUUCUGGAGUCUGGGCGGCAGUCAGGCUGACAUUAACGAUGUUGACUCAAAGCGCCACAUACCUGGAGAAAAUGUCAACCCUGUUUAUGAAGGCGGGCAGAAGUGCUCCCCGAUAUCAGGAUAUGGCCUUGCUUUACCCUCGCUCGAAGCGACUACGGGACGCACUGUGCGAGUAUUUUAUUGUCAUUUUGAAUAUUUGCAAGCACGCUGUGAAGUUUCUGCACAAGUCCGCAUUAUCGCAGAUCACGUCCGCUAUAUCGGACUCUUCUUUGGCAUCUUUCGAGAAAGAGCUUCAACAGUGGUCAAUCGUCAUUGUGGAAGAAGUUGCUUUACUGUCAAGUCAAAGCAUCCAGGAGGAGGCGAAGGAGAAUUCGCGAUUUCGGCAGAUAAUGGCUAAAUUCUCUGAUUCCAACAAUCAGCGCCAACAGUUGGCUCUCAGAAUUCGACUACUUGAUGCUUGUUCCACAUAUGACUACCAGACAUCUUGGAAGCAGGCUCGGAAACAGGGAGCAACAACCUGGUUCGCGACCACAAGUGAGUACCAACAGUGGAAAGAAACACCUUCCUCGUGCUCUCUGUUGUGCACCGGCAAAUUGGGAUCUGGCAAGACAACACUGAUGGCAAACAUGGUUGAUGACUUGUUUUGUUCUACUCCGAAGGGAACUGUCGCAUACUUUUUCUGUCGAUUCGAUGUCUCUGAGUCUUUAACUGCAAGGACCAUCAUCGGAUGUCUUGCGCGACAACUGUUAGGACAACAGCCUAUUGACCUGGCGAAAAUCGAUAAUUCCAUCGACAAUUCACUUGCAAGCCCUGACGAGCAAAUAAUUCUCGAUCUUAUACGAGAGCUGCUUCCUGUGGAUCCAAUCUACAGUUUGAUUUUGGAUGGGCUCGAUGAGUGCCCGGAAAAAGAGCGACAGAUAACGUUAGAGAUACUGCAGCAGUUGCAAAAGCACUUCAAAAUUCGUAUGUGCCUGUCAUUCAGGCAGGACGCGGGGGAUCAUGCUAGAGUUGCAGCUGGUAUUCUUAAUGGGAAAUGGACACUGCUUAUCCCAGAGAACAAUCCCGACAUCGAGGCUUAUAUUGACGCUGAGCUACAUGAGCGCCUCGAGUCAGACAGGUUGAGCAUCGGAGAUCCAGCUAUCAUCCUCCCGAUCCGACAUGCCCUUGUCACUGGGGCCCAAGGAAUGUUUCUCUGGGCCACACUGCUACUUGACUGCAUUUGCAUGGAGCAGACAGAUGAGGCAAUUCUCAAGGCCCUUGAAAGCCUCCCCCAAAGCCUUUCAGAAACAUUUAGACGGGUCCUACAGCAAGCCGGUGCCUCAAAAAUUCAGCAUCGUCGCAGGAUUGUGGAGUUGGUUAUGGCUGCCCGACGACCCCUAUCAGUGGAGGAAUUAUGUGAGGCUCUCAGUGUCAUUCCCGGUGACACAACAUGGGAGCCUGGGCGACAAAUCAAUAAUAUUCAUGCGGCUCUUGCAAGUUGCAAGUGUUUGAUCAUUAUAGACGAAGAGGAGCAGUCUGUUCGGUUUGCCCACCAUAGUGUCAAGCAGUUCUUUAUUGCUCGGGGCGAUAAGCCAGAAACUGCGAAUCCCAUCAACCCGGACGAAGCAAAUAAAGAAAUGGGUCGGAUCAUCCUAACGUACCUCAACUACGGGAUUUUCGACCGUCAAGUAUCUCGCACAGUCUUUCCAAAAAUUCCUGCUGCGGAUGCCCCUGCUCGGAUUGUGAGCACCGUCUUCGGAGAUUCCGUCAACACAAAACGAAUCGCUCUGGAACUGCUCAAGGCACGAAAAAAUGGCAAAUGCGACAUAGGCCAAACCCUGGCCGAGAGGGCCAUGUCGCAGCGGAGAUCUCCAGCCGAGAGCCAUCCCUUUUUGGCUUACGCCAAGAACUACUAUAUGUAUCAUAUUCUAGGGCUUUGGAACCGGGAGAAGGAAAUGGGACGGCUUUGGCAGUGCCUCGUGGCGAGCAAGUCUCUUGAUCUGCGGAUUGGCGGUUGGCUGCAAUAUGAGUUGCAGCAACAGCGAGUGACCGGCCUCGAUGGAGAGUUUGUUCCCCGUGACGUUCUGAACCAGCGGGUCACAUAUGAUGUUAUUCGCAAAGUCCUCGAGGAAACUGAAAUUUAUAGACAUCUCGAAUCGGCACUCGUGCAUGGUAUACUCAAAGAGUGCCAGCGAUGUUUUGCGAUACUUGUUGACAUAGGGAUCAACGAUUAUAUUUGGGCCCUCCUUCAGUCUUCGAUGAAAGACUGCCAUCUCCCCAUUUCGAGGGAGCAGUUUCUCGAGAAAUUCAAGUCAACAGUGUCGCCCACUGUUCGAUCUGGGUCUAAAAAUCCGAGCACCUCACGAUCUGGCGGUCCAAUGGAGAGAGAUAGAUUGCAGAAAUUGGCGGACAUGUUCUGCCUUCGACAGCGCGAGUACCUUGCCCCUAUACUCCACGAAGGUUCGCACUAUGGCUCAGAGGACGGGAUCAUGCCCUUCUUGCGUAUUGAAAAAACAUUCUAUAGUUACGACGACGAAUCCCUAUUUGUUCAUGUUCACCCUGCACAUCAUGAUUUGGGUGUGGAAAACGUUGAUGCUGGUUACCAGGUCGCGCUCAGGUCCUUGAAAAUUGAUGCGAUUGGUCCAGAUAACCAAUUCUUAAUGUCCGAUGACCCCUCUGGGAUUGAAAUUCUUCAUCUACUCCGAGCCAUUGCGUCAUAUCGUCAGUGGGAACAGGGCGGAACACCCCAGCCGAUUCGUUUGAUUUUCCCCAUCCUUGGCCCGAACCUUGAUGACGUUUGGCGGCAGAGCUUGGUUACGGACUCGUCUCGACAGUUUCUGAGAUUCUGCCUGUACCAAAUGACUGGCAUCGCCGAGGCUCUUGCCUUUGUCGUUCAAAGCGAUCCGGAAGAGCGGUUUAUCUCACUACGCCAGAUUACGCCAAGCAGCAUUCAAUGGUGCAAGCACUCACUCUCCACAUUCCAGUCGGGAACUUUGCGGUUAGAUUUACGGACUUUGAUAGCUGAUCAAAGUAAAGGCCCUGUUCGGCAAUCUGAAGAGGCGUAUCGUGCCCCAUAUGAGGCGGAGGGAGAUGAUGUACUGAUAUAUGACUGUGUCUGGAGCCUGGGAUGCAUAUUUUUUGAAUUCCUUAUUUGGGCUGUGAUGGGAUCGACAAAUCUUCAAAAAUUCCGUGAGGCUAGGGGUGGAGCGAAUGCUCCAUUCUAUUCGAAAACAUCAUCCUCUGACAAUUACCAAGGAUUUGAAGUGUCCCCGGAAGUUUGCCGCUGGGGGGACAUGCUGCUCAACGAGCCCGAGCUUCCGCCGGAGGUUCGUCGUUUCAGCGAAUACUUGCUACAGCAUGUGCUUGUAGUGGACCCAUCAGCCAGGGUAUCGGCCCGCCAGCUCGCGUCUGAAUCCGAAGACCUUCAGAAGCAGCAAACAAGCAGCAACUUGCUCAUGGACUGGUGA